GACUUUCCUGUGCAAAACGUAGAGAAUAGAUCGAUAACUCUAUUUUAUUAUUGAGAUUAUAGAAAAAAAAUCAAAAGUUUAGAUAAAUGAAAUGUGUGAAAAAAUCGAAUUCAAUUAAAAAGAGGAAGAUCCCGGAAUUAUCGAGGGAAAAAAUCUGAAGAUUAACAAAAUGCCAGGAUGACACCCCUAUUCGAUAGUCAAGGAUACUACAAGAAGAUGCUGGAGCUCCAGGAGAAGCUGCGGAAGAGUGAGGAAGACAGGAUUCGACUGGAGGAGCGUUUCAACCUCCUGGAGCAAGAGUCUCGAAUCAGGCACGAGGCCUGCAUAAAUAAAUUGAGAAUGAGGUACAUCGAAUUUUUGGAGGAGCAGAGGAUCAGGGAUGAGAGGAACCGAAAAUUACUGGGGGCACUGGACAAGGUUGACUCGAGUCUCGCUGUCAUGACUGCUAAGACGGAUAGACUUUAUUCUCUGAGGAAGGAGUACGAGGCGUCGAUUCUCCGAGCGCACACCAGUCGCCGUCCGACGCCGAGCGUAGCCGGUGACUCAGGCAUCCUGAGCCAACUCGACGACCGGAGGCUCCACAAAUACCCCUCGCCAGGCUUCCCCUCAGCCUCCGCGUCCCUCUCAACUCUCCUCCACCCCCGAAGGGUCUGUUCUCCACCCGCUCCUUCACCUCCUCUGCCCAGGCCCCUGUCCUACCCACCACGUCCGAUCCUUAACUUCCACGAUCGUCCCACCUGGGCACUCCCGAGCCUCAGCCUCCCUCACCAAGACCUCGACUCCCUCAGAACGCCUCGAUACCCGAAGGAGUCCCCCUUCUUUUACCCCGAAAGCAUCAACCCCCUCAAACCUUCGCGACUCAUUUCAACUCCCCUCCUGUCAACCCCUGACUACGAAGAAGAAAAAACUGGAAAUGCAGUUGAAAACGAACUGGAGAGGUACAUCAGCAAGAUAAAAAGCCUCCACGGAGACGUGGAGCACAGUCAGGAGGAUCACGAGCAGAAUACCAGUGGGGAUUUGCUGAAUGUGACCCUCUCUGAUGAUGGCUUUGAUCAUCUUCCUCCUGAGGGCAAGACAAAAGGACUUCCCAACGAGGUUGAAAAGGUUCUGGCCCUCGCCGACGACCUGGCAGCUCGAACGGUGGAACCUCCGGAGGAGCCUGGAAUGGAUCCACCAGGGGACGACGUCAAUUCGUCAGAGGGGAGCCAGCUUCAACACCCAGAUGGAGCUAAAUCAGUUGCUAACGAUUCGGCAAUAAAAGUGUCUCAGAGUGUGGAUCUACCGGAGCAGAGGGGCGACUCUCCGAUGACCGUUGGACCCCCGGAAGCGUCAGCACAAAAUAUUGCGGAGGAAGUUGUUAAUAAUGAUGGUGACGUUGAGGAGGUGGAGCCCUGGAGUCCGGAGACUGUCCAAGCACAGGUGGAGGCGGUAUUAAUAAACCAGGAAGGACUGGAAAACGAAGAGGCUAAAAGUGCCUCUGACAGUGGUGAUAAAAAUAAACCAGAUGAUUUUGGGAAUCAGGAUGAUUCGCUGAUGAGAGCCGGUGGAGAUGAUGUGAAAGGAGACGUUAAUUUGACGAGUGAUGGAGAGGGUGACGCUGUGGUGGAGGCAGAUGGAGGGCAGGGGGUUGAAGGGUACAAGGAGGGAAGUUAUGGUGACAGUGCUGGGUAUGAUUAUGGAAACCAGGGAGAGGGUUAUCAGUAUCCUGAGGGGUAUCAGUAUAAUUAUGGUGAGGGUGGUGAGGUCAUUGAUGGAGGGUAUCCCGGAGCUGGUGAGCAGUACCAGGGGGAGAAUUAUGGAACGAAUGGGGAGUAUCAGCAGGAGAAUUACCAGGAGGGAUCGAAUGUGGAGUAUCCAGAGGGGAACUAUGGAGAUGGGGGAGGCGGACAGUACCAGGAGGGGAGUUAUCCGGCUGGGGAGGGAAAUGAACAGUAUCAGGAUGGGAAUUACCCUCAGGAGGGGAGUUAUCCUCAGUAUGAGGAGUCGAGUCAGCAGUACCAGGGGGAGUACCCAGCAGAGGGUAAUCAGGUGUACGAUGCCAGUAAUUAUGGAUAUUCUUAUGGUCAGGAGGGGUAUCAGGAGUAUCAGGAGGCCCCUGGACAUAAUGGAGAAAGUGCUGAACCGGUCCAGCAGGUGGAGGGAUCCAGUGCGAAGGAGCAAGGAGUCGAGGAGGAGAGCAAGACCAAAAAGGAUGUGAUUAAAUCGAUAUUAGAGUCGGAGACUGAGAGCAGUAUUGAGAAGAAUACUGAGAAUACUGAGAGUGAUUUUGAUUUUAAUUAGAAAACGAAUAUCUACGGUAAUUACUAAGGAGUUGAUGAGGAAACCCGAGGUGCCAGGAAACGCCAGGGAGAACGGUUAUUUAGCCUAAUUCAGGGAACUUUUUCAAGGGCUUUAAUUGAGGGUCAAAUGAUAAUCAGAGAGCUUCUAGACCCUUUGACCCUCGACUUCAGACGUCCCUAAUGGACGUGGAAAUUAUUCAAUUUUAGUCCCUUCGUGUUUUAAGAUCCAAUUAAGGGUCAAUUGAGCCAUUUUUUAUGGCGAAGUUAAGUCUUAUCUAAGAAAAACAGUUUCUCAAAUCCUUCCAGUCAUUUCGCUUUAAAGAAAAUUGUUAAUAAAUUCCAAAAUCAAUUAAAUUAAUUUAAUGAAUUCAUGUAAUUAAGGGAAUGCAAUAAAUUAAGCAUUAGUUAAAAAUAAAUAAAAAAUCCAGUUAUUUCUGCGAAUUCUCAGCGAAAAUACAAACUAGGGGUCGAGGGGCGUCGGUCAGUUUCCCCAGGGGUCGAUUCGAUUGUAUGGAUUUUCACCAGCUACUCGAGCCUGCGCCAAUCGUGCGUUACCACCAGUUCGAGAAAACAUUUUUCCGAUCCACUUGCCAAAUAUUUUGUGCACCUAUUACCGGAAAAUUAAGUGGCGUCUGAUCCUCCAACUCAUUUUCCACUGAUUCAUUACUUUAAAACGUAAACUCAACUCACUCGACGGCUGACUCAUAUGGUACCUCCAGUCGAGUUUGCGCGUGUUCAGUAUCUUCUGUCAGACUGGGCAAUACGGAUGCUCUGGAGACGCUCCUCCGAUCAUUCUCGCUGAUCUGUCAUCUGAACUCGGCUAUUAUCGUUAGCAAUUGAUUAAUCGAGAAGACCUUUCGCGGAAUUUCGGACACUCGAUUUAUUUCGAAUUUUUUUUCCGGUGGUUUCGAUUCUUUUUCGUGAACUGGUGGGGAACACGCGGGGAGGAACGGGGAAAGCUACAACGUAGGCAGACUAGUCAACACGUUGGUUGUGCGUGUAUUGUCCAGUGGUUCUCAAGUGGUGAUUAACGACCAGGGGCUCUCACAACAGUCUGCAGAAUCAGCUGUUCCUGGCAUUGAG